AUGCUCGGCGUACUGUGCGCACGCCCCAGACCUUGGUUACUAACGUCGCUCUCCUUAUCCUACGCCCACGGUUCGGCGGCGGCACCCUACGACCGGCUUGUUAGGAGUUCAGUGCGUCCAGUUGUCGUUGGCGGAGAACGAAGGGAUCAUUCGAUCAACUGUCUGACGAGGUGCAACGGCACUGCGUCGAUAUGGCAUGCGAUUUUGCCCUCAGGGUGGAGGCAGCGGCGGCGGGCGACGAUGUUGUGUCGACAAGAACACGAGGGGUUGAAGAGUGGUGAGGGAUCAUGGAACGUGGCUUGGGAUGCGCGGCCGGCGCGCUGGCUACACCAUCCUGAUUCGGCUUGGCUCCUCUUUGGCGCCUGCCCGCUGCUCGAUUUUGAUUCCGAUGUCAACUGCAAGGUCUCAGCACCUGCCGAUGACAGUGUUGAUGGCUUCAAAACUAAUGCAAUAAUGCCUGAUUCAGCUAAUCCUGGCUCUUCCAAUUACACAGUCACAGGGGUGCCAGCGGACGGGAGGUGUUUAUUUAGGGCAAUUGCACACAUGGCAUGCUUGAGAAAUGGAGAGAAGGCUCCUGAUGAGAAUCGCCAGAGAGAGCUUGCUGAUGAAUUAAGAGCUCAAGUCGUUGAAGAGCUUUUAAAGAGGCGAAAAGAAGUGGAAUUGUUUAUCGAGGAAGAUUUCGAUGAGUAUGUUAAAAGAAUUAAGCAGCCUUAUGUAUGGGGUGGAGAACCAGAGUUGCUGAUGGCUUCUCAUGUUCUUAGGACUCCAGUUUCUGUCUUCAUGAUAGAGAGAGGCACGGGUAGUUUAAUAAAAAUAGCGAAUUAUGGCGGAGAGUAUAGCAAGGAAGAGGAAAGUCCUAUAAAUGUUCUUUUUCAUGGUUAUGGUCACUAUGACAUUUUGGAGACGAUCCUGGAUCGAAGUCAGGAGAAAGUCGAUGCAUAA